GCUGCGCCCGACCCCCCGACCCCCGGUGUACUCGGCCCUCCCGCCGCUCUGUGCAGCCCCCUCAGCCCUCCGCGAUCUUUUCCUCCGCCUUGACGACCCCCGUGGCUUCGCGCCCCUUUAGCCUUCAUUCAUCCCCCGUCCUUCAGCCUCGUUCAGCCACUCAGCCCUCGACAUCCACACCUGUGUCCGUCCCCUCCACUCAUCCAGCCUCUCCAAGCAGACCCUCGUUUCUCCUGUCACUCCCUCAGCCCCUCCAUCCAGGCCCAAUCUCUCACUGCUCCUCUGUGUCUCUCAUCCUGCCCCUCUGUCUCUCCCACCCUCAACGUCUCUGUCACGUUUCCAAACUCACCAGCCCCUUGUCCUGCACAUCUAUCUGCCCACUACCCACUCAUGUUUGCAGCCUGCUCUUUCCCCUUCUGUCAUCUUCACCAUCUGUUCUUCCCCAUUCUUCAUUUCAUAAAUCCCCAGCUUGCCCACCAGACUGCCCCGAGUUCCUUCUUUAGCCCUACAUCUGCCUGUCCUUGAUUCCCCAAAGUGUUAUUUCCAGUCCUCCCUAAGGCCUCUCUUUAGUCCUUCAGUUCAGGCCCCUUAUUGCUCCCUCCCCUCUUUUCAGAUGAUCAGAUCCUCUACAACUUCUGAUUCUUUGGGCUUACAAAACAUUUCCAAGUUCCUGGGUUUUCUCCCAUGUUGCCUUCCUGGACACCUUGGCAUGUCUUUUCCCUAGGCUGGGUUUGCACCAGUUUGUUUUCUUGCCCAGAAAAGCUAAUUCACAGGAGUGUAUUUGAUCUUCAGAUUUGGAUUACUCCUGUUUCUCCCUCUCAUCCAUUGAUAGAUUUGGAGCAGCAACAUCGCACCCACACUGUGAAUAAAAGUCGGAAACAAACACAAAGAGAAAAAGCCUUCCAACAGCAAUGUCAGAAGCUGGGACUGCAGGGUGGAGCAGCCUCUGUUUCUCCUGACCAGUUACUUUCUGUACCAAGCCAGAAGCCCGGUCAUCCUCAGCAGCCUGUGCCAUCACCUCAUCCUCCUUCAGCAGAUCAAAGGCAAAAUGACGACCGAGACCAGCAGAAGGAAGUGCCACUGGUAGAUUCCUGUAACAGCAGUGACAAUGCACAGACCUGCCCUGCAAAGCCGAACUCCAGGGUGGAGAAAAAGAAAGUGGAAUUGCAGGAGAAGUCACGAUGGGAAAUCCUCCAGCAAGAGCAGCGGCUGAUAGAAGAGAAGAAUAAACGCAAGAAGGCACUCCUGGCUAAAGCUAUCGCUGAGAGAUCCAAGAGAACUCAAGCAGAAACAGUGAAACUAAAAAGGAUUCAGAAGGAGUUACAAGCUCUGGAUGACAUGGUAUCUGCUGACAUUGGCAUCCUGCGGAACCGCAUUGACCAGGCCAGCCUGGACUACUCCUAUGCCCGGAAGCGAUAUGAUAAGGCUGAGUCGGAGUAUGUGGCAGCCAAGCUGGACCUCCAACACAAAACGGAGAUUAAGGAGCACCUCACGGAGCACCUGUGCACAAUCAUACAGCAGAAUGAACUCCGCAAGGCCAGGAAGCUGGAGGAGUUAAUGCAGCAGCUGGAAGUGGAGGCAGAUGAGGAGAAUAUGGAACUUGAGAUAGAGGUGGAGCGGAUGCUGCAGCAGCAGGAGGCAGAAGCAGGGAGACAAGCCAGUCAGUCUCACAAUCAUGCUGGGACAGCUAAGGGAAACCCCACUCCCAGUGUUAAGGCACAGGAGAGUGAGCAUGCCAGCUGUGCUUCUUCUGCUAUUUCUGAACAGUCGGUUCAAUCUGAAAACUCCAGUACCAAAUCCCAUUCCAAUAUGGACGGCCAAACUCCAGCAGUAAAUGUGACUCCAGGAAACUCCCCAGCUUCUUCUGCUACAUGACUACUAUAUUCACAUAAGCCAGCUAGUUAUGGAUGAUAUGAUGACUGUGGGCUUGUGUGCUGUAUGUUGUAUCUGGGUUUCUGCCGUGCCAGUAAAAUGCACUCUAUUUCUCUUUUCCUUUAAUAUUGUUUUCAAAUUUUAGAGGCUCUUUUUUCACAAGACUGUCAUUUGGGGUUCAACAUCUGCCUUCAUCGUUCCUGUUUAUCUUCGUAUUCUAAUACCGGGCUCUUCAUGGGGCUUUUCACCUUCCUGAAAUGGGAUACUUGGAAAAAAACAGUAGUUUUUUUCCAAAGCCUUUCAGCAUAUUGAUGUCACAGAUACCUGUUCCAAGCAGUGUGCAAGAGAUAUGUAUCUUACAGACGGAAACACCGCAACUUAUUCUCCUUCUGAACACGUUCUGUCCCCUGACAACUGUGAAAGGAUGUUUGUCUUCCUUUGUAUCCAUAAGGGAUUAGUUUUCAACGGUUUUUAAUCCUAUGAAACCCAAGUGCUUACUUUAAUUAGUCUUCCUAGCUGAUACUCUCUCCAGUCUGAUUUAAAGGAAAUUUGUAUAUUAAGGCAAAUUGCGAAGUCGGUUGUAAUAUUUCCUAUAUGUCGCUUUGCCUGUUUCUUACGGAUCAUGCUAGAUCACACAAAGCUAUAUAUUGAUAAUCUAUGAAAUCACAGCAGCUAUGAUUAAUAUAAAUGAUGAGUUACAGUUUAAAACAUUGCAGAAUGUAUGAUGUAGAAGUAGAAACACAUAAAAGAGAUCGUGUUACAAUGGAAACUGUUACAUUACAAACAUCUUUCUUUGUUGUUGUUGCCACAAAGUUCCAAUAAUUAGCCAGGGAUCUUGUAAUGAGUAAUCCCCACUGUAUAUUGGAAGUAAGCCCAUUUUCGUAUAACACUCAGUGCAUUCUCUUGCCUGAAGAGUGGGUUUGUACCCCACAAGAAGUUCACUGCUUUGCUCUCUUGCUGUUGAAAGGUUUUAAAAAGCUUCCAGGUGGAGAAAGUGUCAUGAAUUAAAAUAGGGAACAUAGCGCAGUACAGCUGCUGACUGUGGGGACUGCGUUCAUAGCUAUCCAGUUUGUAACAGAGGAAAGCUGCUUUCGUUGUGGAAAUGGUUUCUGUAAUACCUGGCCUGAAUGUGUCAGUCAGAGUUUAUGAAUGAGUUACUGAAUGAUGCCAUCGAGUAUAUAAAUGGGACAGUGAUUGUCUCUUUGGCUUUAAUAGUGGAAAAACAUGUCACUACAUUUUGGUUUUAUUCUAUUAAUAAAUCAGUGCAUCUUCUACUU